CCUGGGCCGGCCGGGGCGGGGUCUGGCCGGGGCGGGGUCUGGCUGGGGCCUGGGCCGGAGGCAGCACAUUCCGUCCCGUCCGCGUCCCGUCCCUCCGCCGCCUCCUCCGCGCUCCGAGCCGCACGCAGUGGGUCAGGAUGGGCGAGUAUAACGAGAAGAAGGAGACCUGCGGCACCAUCUGCCUCAAGUACCUGCUCUUCACCUUCAACUGCUGCUUCUGGCUGGCCGGCCUGGCUGUCAUGGCGGUGGGCGUCUGGACGCUGGCCCUCAAGAGCGACUACAUCAGCCUGCUGGCUUCCAACACGUACCUGGCCACGGCCUACAUCCUGGUGGUGGCCGGGGCCGUGGUCAUGGUGACUGGCGUCCUGGGCUGCUGCGCCACCUUCAAGGAGAGGAGGAACCUGCUGCGCCUGUACUUCCUCCUGCUCUUCGUCAUCUUUGUGCUGGAGGUCAUCGCCGGCAUCCUGGCCUACAUCUACUACCAGCAGCUGAGCUUCGAGCUGAAGGAUAACCUCAAGAACACCAUGGUCCAGAAGUACCAGCAGCCAGGCCAUGAGGGGGUCACCGGGGCCGUGGACAGCCUACAGCAGAAGUUCAAGUGCUGCGGGAGCAACAACUCUCAGGACUGGCAGGAGAGCACGUGGAUCCAGUCGGGGGAGGCCGAGGGUCGCAAGUUCCCUGACAGCUGCUGUAAGACGGUGGUGAGGGGCUGCGGGCAGCGGGACCACGCGUCCAACAUCUACAAGGUGGAGGGUGGCUGCAUCACCAAGCUGGAGAGGUUCAUUCAGGAGCACCUGAGGAUCAUCGGGGCGGUGGGCCUGGGCAUUGCGUGUGUCCAGGUAAGGGGCAGCUGGCUGGACCGGGUGGGACGCUGCCCAGCAGCCCCUGCGACCCCCCUCCUCUGCUUCUCCCCAGAUCUUUGGGAUGAUCGUCACCUGCUGCCUGUACAAGAGCCUGAAGCUGGAGCACUACUAGUGGCGUCUGCAGGCCUGGGGCGGCUAGCGGCCUCCCUGCUAACUUAUUGCCGGCUCCCUUUCCCUUUCCCUUUCCUUCCCCGAGCUGUUGCCCUGGCGGCAGCCCCCUCCCUCCGCCUCCAUGGGACCCCGGGGGAGUCGGGUGCCUUGGCCGGCUGCCUGGGAGGCCCCUUCCCCAGCUCCAAGUCUCUCAGCUGGUUCGUUAAAGUCUCCUCCUGGGCCCUUUCUUGGGGGUGGGGAAGGUCCGGUCCUGCCCAGCGGCCUCCCCUGACCUACGGCCCCCUCCUGCCUUCCACAAGGGCUGCCCCCCAGCUGCUUCUUGAAAUAAAGUUCUUUUGUACUUCUGGACUGGAUGGUUCUUGGGGUGACAUGGGGGGAUGGGCAGAUCGAGGGGGAGCUGCCUCUCCUCUCCUCAGCCCAAGAGAAAAGGGAAGCCUUUGGCGGCCCACUGGGGUGAGGCGGGAGAUCCUGCUCCACCACUGGGGCCAGAGCAGCUUCCCUGCACCCCAGGGGGCUCCCGGACAGUUGAGCCCCCCAACACGCCUCAGUGCAGGCCGGAGCGAACCUCGCUGGUUGCCUCUGUUCAGGGCAGCCCCUUCCCCCUUGUGCCCCUCCCCCCGCUAAAGGGAUGACGGGGGA